AUGGAAGUUCCCUUUAAAGCAAGAAUGUCAGUUGAUGACAUUAGUUUAGAUUCCAGGCCUGUGGUUAUACCAGAGAGAAGAGCUCGAUCGAGUUCCCCAGUUAAGAACCGUCGUUCGUUACCACCAAAUUUCUUUGACAUGAAACUACCUUCCCUUCCAUUUGCUAGUGAAGAUGAUAUCAAGUCUAUGACUUCAGGGUCAAGUACUUCAUUAUCUCCAAAGCAAUUGAAACUGUUAUCAAAUUCUCCUAUUUUCAAUCGUUUACAUGUCAGCACAUCGCCUGAGCGCAGCCAAUAUGUAAUCCCAAUUCCUUUCACCCUUAAACUACCCCCUAAAUUGAGUUCCCAAAAUCAAAAUCCUCCACUAUCCAGAUCAGGCUCUCCUGAAAGAUCAAACUGGAAUGAAAGAGGGAAUUCUCCAACCAGAUCACGUUCUCCUAAUAAACUAAGUAGACUUGUUUACAACGGAAGCACAUACGAAAAGUUGGACUCACUGUCAGACAGUGAAGUUGAAGAAGAAAGGAAUCAUAUGGUUAUGAUACGUCGCCCUGCACCUCCUCCAGUUACUACUAAUAAAAGAAAAUCAAAGAAACAGAAUAUUCAGGCGAAGCAAAUGUCUCACGAUGAGUUGAGCACAAUUGAUGAAGCUAGCAACUACGCUAAUUCAAGAACUCCAAGCACUAAAUCAAGAGAGGAGAAAUCAUUGCCUCUUCCCCCAUCAAAUGAAAGAGCCAAUAUUGGAAAGAUUUUACCCCAAAGUUCAAAAGAAUCGCAAUUGACCUUGCCUUCCUCAAUUGAAACCCAAGACAAAUUCACAUUCAGGGUUCCAAAAUGCGCUACUAAUUCAAGAGAUACAUAUAAUAGAAAUUUUUUGGUUCCAGAGAAUAACCACCAAACUAUAAAUGAUACUUUAAAAGCUUUUCCAUCUUCGGUUACUAGUAAUGCAACAGAGGAUAAUAUUCGACAGCUUCAGUUUUCGAAUGCUCCUAUUGAAUCUACUGAUACUGUGUUAAAAAUUCAUAAAAGAAGUUUUAGCGAUGAAUCUAAAGUUUCUUCUCUUAGUUCAUUUAGUUCAUUCGGAGGUAUGCUAAACACCUCUCCCUCGCCGAACUUAUUUAUCAAUAAUCAUACGGGGUCACAGUUAUUACAAUCAAAAGUUGAUACUCAAUUACAAAAAAUAGAGGACUCUAGAACCAUCAGUAAUGGAUCAACAACGUCUUGUGAAUCGGAAACUUGCAGUAAUGCCUCAUGGAACUCGUUACAAAAGAGUAUUGAUAUUAGUGAUGCAAAAAGUCUUUCGGAGUCCCCAGUUUUACAGGGUAAAGAAAUAUCCUCCACAGCAGCAACGCCUUCAAAUAAAUCAAACAAUAUGAAUUCAAAUCCAUCUAAUACCACCGAUGGUUUACAUGGUACUUUAAGGUUAAGUAAUGAAUUGAAUUGUAGUGAUUCAGAUGAAUCGGAAAUUGCAGAUUUAUAUUUGAAUGAGUCUGAUGUUUCUAUGAAUGAUAAUACUAAUACUGAAGUACCUGAUUUUCAAAAGGCAACAAUAUAUUUUGAAAGUGAUAACGAAGGUGCUGGUACUAAAUUUAAUUUUCCGGCUGGGAGCAGCAAUAUCACUAACAGUAAAGAAUUGAAACAUACUAAAUCACAUAGCUCAAGCCUUCGAUCUAGUGCUUAUAUUGCACAAUAUAGAUCUCCAUCUGGUCAAAUAGAGAUUCCUGAUUUAGAUGAUAAGUCUACUACAGGAAAGUAUUCUGUGACCAGAUCGUCUUGCUCAUUCAAUGGCACUACCUUCGAUGAUAUUAAUUGUGAGGAUUCUGAUGAUACCGGAAUAGAAAGUGGUGAUAGCUCUAAAUUAGAGCCAAUUGGAUUCCCUAGCAAGGCUGCAAGAAAUGUAAUCAAGGAACAAUUUAAGUCCAUGCAUGGAGAUGAUGAUUCUGAUACAGAUAUAGAAUCCGCUAAGUAUUCGUACUUCUCCUCAACGACACCUAAAUCAAAAUCAACUCCAUGUCUCUCACUUAGUGAACGACAAUUACCACCACUUCCUGAUAAAGCCGAUAUUAGACAUCCACAGCCUAAAUCUCCAGUUAAGCAUAUACGUCAUAAAUCUAUGUUUAGCAUCGAUUUUGACCCAAAUUCAGCAUCAGCAUCUAUGCUGCAAACUACAAGACCGAAGUAUCAUAACAGAUCAAAAUCAAUGGACUUGAAUAAUAUAAUAUCACCAUCUAAUAUCUCAAAUACAACCUCAGAAACAUUACCACUAAAGAUUAAAGACACAAAGGAAGUAGCUUCGCCCGAAGAGAUGAAAAUACUGGUUACCGAACCUCCGAAACCAAUUGAUUACGCAGUUGAUUUUAAAGAGGCUACAGUCAAUGAUAACUCGGCUAAUAUUGUUGGUGAACUUAAUGACAAAGGAACUUGCUAUGAAUACCAACGCAGUCAGAGUAGCAAUAAGAGUAUCCAGAAGUUUUCAGAAGACUUUAACAAACUUAACAUAAAUCAAAACAACGUUAGCCCGAAGCGUACUCCUUACGAUAUGAAUCAACCUCAAAAUUACGAAUUUGGAUUAAAUCCUACACCUUACAACAUUCCAACACCUAUUCGUUCUAAUAUGACUGAAUCUAGUUCUGGUUCAAGCUAUCAAUCAAGCAGGAGUACUAAAAAUACUAAUUAUACCUCAAUGUCUGAUAGUGAUAGUGUUAUUAUUGACUUGACGAAAGAUAAGUACGAUGUAUGUAUGAUACAAAGAAACAGUUCAACUCAGUCGUAUAGAUCAAUCACAGAAAGGACGAAGGAAGGAAAAGAAGUUGAAGUGGUAUUAGUGGAUGAUGAAGACGAAAAUGAAGAUGAAGUCGAUGAAUUGGCCAGUAUUUACUCGAAGUAUAGAAAUAACUGGAUAUUUAGAACAGGAUCUACUGCCUCUUGUUCUUCUAAUGCAAGUACCGCCUCAUUUGAAAGUGGUAUAGCUUCAGAGUCUCAAUUAAAAUUGAAGCCAUCCGCAAGCUUGGUUUCUAGACAUAAAAAAAUACAGUCACCAAGCAAUAUAGAUAGAUUAUCCUCGCAAAUUCAAAAGCAAAGGUUUAGUGAGAUACAAACCUUACAAUUAAGAAAAUCAAAUGUUGGAAACCCUACAAUAAAUCAAUAUCCUAGAGUAAAAGAAAAUUCCUUAAAUGUUAAACAAGUGACAAAGGAAUUACCAAGAGUGCAAGCAUCUUACGGUACAGCAGAUGGCAUAUCCUCUCCGAAUUUAAACUCAAAGUAUUUUGAUUAUGCAUCUGACAGUUAUGAUUUCAACAGCUUUAUGAAACAGCAGGUGAACCCUAGAUAA